UAAAUAAACACAAAUCUUUAUUUUUAAAAAAGAAAAAAGAAAUUCUUUUUUCUAGAUGGAAAAACCAUUAACAUUUAAAGGGACCUCUCAGAUUCUCCCUGAGUCUUCCCUUUAGUUUCCUUCAAAGUUUGUCACAUGCAUGGUCCUUCACCACCUUGUCUCUGAACACAAUCCCAUUGGUGGAUAAUCAUUUAAAAUAGAGGUCCCAGACUGGAUGCAAUAUUUCAGGUACAGCCUGAUCCACACAAAGUACAACAGAAUGUCCCUUGAUUCAUAAUACAGUUCCACAAUCGCAGCCUACAACAGCACUGGCAUUUUCAGUGCCCACAACACUGUUGACUCAUGUGAGUUUACUGAAAUGCCUGUCUUUUUCAUUCCUUUGCCGCAAUCUGUUUUUAUACAAGUAGGUAACACCUAUACACAGCUCUCUCACCUGUGCUUUGCCUGUCCUCCCUCCUGAAAGCAGGCCCAGAUGGUGGAUCUAAGGAACGGAAGGACAGUGACAAAGUUUAUCUUUGUGGGCUUUGAGCAGAGCUCUUCCACUCAGGCACCGCUCUUUGCCCUCUUCCCAGUUCUCUACAGCCUUGCCACGGCCAUGAAUGGCCUCAUCAUCUUCAUCACGUGGACAGACCCCAGACUUAACAGCCCCAGGUAUGUCUUCCUUGGCCACCUAUCCUUCCUGAAUAUCUGACUAAUCACCACCACUAUCCCGAAGAUGCUGAUCCACCUAGUGGUCAAGAACCACUCCUUUGCCUCCUGCUGGACUCAGAAGUUGGGUUUUGGUGUGGGUGUGGCCAAGGGCGUCCUCUUGGCUUUUAUGACCUAUGAUCAUUAUGCCACUAUCUGCCACCUGCUUAAUUACGCCCAGAGCAUGAGCCAGCAUGUCUGUGUGAGGCUGGUGAGUAGUGUCUGGUUCUUUGGGCUGAUCAAUGGCAUCCUGCUUGAUUAUAAUCUGAUGGUCCAUUUUUGUAGAGAAAACUACAUAGAAAACUUCUUCUGUGAGGCUCCCAUAAUGAUCACCCUCUGUGGAGGCCCUCCAUUUAGUCUGAGGGUGACUCUUGCUGAUGCCACCGUGGUGGUGCUCAGUGCCAUGGUGCUCACUGUCAUCUCCUGUGCCCGCAUCCUGGCCUCCAUUCUCAGUAGAGCCUCCUCCUCAGGCGCGGGGAAGACUUUCUCUGCUUGCGACUCCCAUCCAAUUGUGAUCAUCUUCUACACCUCGGCCAUGUUCUCUUAUGUGAACCCCAGCAGCAUAUGUGGCCAUGACCAAGACAAGCCUUUUUUCCUCCUUUACACCAUCAUUACCCCCAUGUGCAACGCUAUCAUAUACGGUUUUUAAAACAAGGAAAUGAAAAAGGCCAUGAUGAGGGCCUUUGGGAGGGCCAGCCCAGCCCAGGCAGAGUCUGUCUAGUUAGAAGACUCCUCUGUCCCAAUAGCUGGGUA